AUGACCACCAUUUCCCUUGAUUCGGAUGCCAUCGAGCAGCUCGGUGGUGAGCGUAAAGUUCUACUUGACGCCAUAGACGACCUACGAAAGCAUGGUAUUGGUCGCUUCGUAGAUCUUCCGCAAAUCAUCGUUGUUGGCGAUCAAUCCGCUGGCAAGUCCUCUGUGCUGGAAGCCAUCUCGCGCGUUCGCUUUCCUGUAAAGGCUGAGAUGUGCACACGGUUUCCCACUGAACUAGUGCUUCGAACCGAUCAACAAGUCAAAAUCAAUGUUCAGAUACAGCCUGCGUCUGUUUCUACUGAGCCACUAUAUAAAUUCAACGAGACAUCGUUCGACAAAGACGACUUAUCGCGUAUCAUCGAUAAUGCCAAGACUCAUUUGCUUCGAGAUGGUAUUACCUUUUCAGAAGAUGUAUUGCGUAUCGAGAUAUGUUCGCCAGACGUUCCUCACCUAACCCUCGUUGAUCUCCCUGGUUUUUAUCACUCUUUGGACGUAAACCAGCCAGCUGAUGGACAAGAGAUUGUCGACCGCCUCGUUAGGGCCUAUAUGGCACGGAAGAACAGCAUAAUUUUGGCUAUCGUCUCAGCACGCAGCCAAGUCGUAAUGCAAAAAGUGCUUCUAGAAGUCAACAAGUAUGACAAGAAUCAGGAGCGGACUCUUGGUAUCAUUACCAAGCCUGAUCUGCUCAUUCCAGGCUCCCGCGACGAAGAUACGUUCAUCAAACUAGCCAGAAACCAAGAACCCCGGCUGCGACUAGCUUUUGGAUGGCAUGUCCUGCGUAAUCGGGGCGAAACGGAAACUUCGCUGCAGCCUGAAGAACGGGACUCGAAGGAAAAAGAGUUCUUUGAAUCAGGUAUCUGGUCUGCCAUUCCCUCCAACAGCCGAGGCGUCGAUACACUUCGAAAGAAACUUUCCAACAUACUCUUAGAUCACAUUCGGAAGAAUAUAGAUCCUCUCAUCAAAGAUAUACAAGAAAGUAUAGACACCCGUAAGCGCUCCCUGGAGCGCUUAGGCACUUCGAGAUCAUCGCCGCCUCAGCUUCGUGCGCACCUGGAUAGGAUAGCCUCUCAAUUUCAACUGCUGUCUCUUCGUGCGAUUGAGGGCAACUAUUCCCAUGAAUUCUUUGGUGGCCUCUAUCCUGAUGUUUCAACUACUUCAAUGGAAGAGAGUAGGGUUAGAAAGCUUCGCGCCCUUGUUCGCGAAUUGAAUCAGACAUUUGCCUACGUUAUAGCGACUAAAGGCUCGAGACGCAUAAUCGUACCCGACAAGACCCCUACAGAACAGCAGGGAGUUCAGCGCACUCAAAGGCAAGACAUCAGACUGCCAUCGUUUCUGAAAGCUUUCGAAUCUCAAUAUUCCUUUACCGAGCCUGAAAAGGUCACGAGAAGCGAAAUAAGUGCCGAACUAGAGCCUUUGUCGUCUGCCAACCAGGGUACGGAAUUCCCAGGAACCACGAACGAUCUUCUUGCUGUAAAGCUAUUCCGAGAUCAAUCACACCCAUGGGAGGCGAUUGCUCGCUGUCAUAUCGACCUCUUAUUGCGAAUUGUAAAAACAUUCACCGAAAGACUUAUGGCUUUUGUUACAGGACCAGAUCAAAAGACCUACUCAGCCAUUCUACUGAAUAUCGUCGAUCCGUUCCUCGAAAGCUGUACAUCGAAGCUUGAAUCCAAAUUGCAAGAGCUUCUCUGCCACUUUCGAAGCGGAUACCCUCAACCUUCAGAGUCAGAAUUCCGCGCGACCUUGGCAAGACGUCGUCAGAAGCACUUAGAUGGAGAGGUCUUGCAGGGUUUACUCACUAGUCGUCCUGAGAUAUUCACUGAAGAUGGUAAACGCCAACUCGCUGAUAUUUUAUCGUCAGAGCGAAGGGGCGAGUCCGGGGCGGAAGACCUUAUUGACAAGGCAGAGACAUAUUAUGAGUUAUCGUUACGGAAUUUCACAGAUAAUGUAACCAUUCUAGCUGUCGAAAACUGCCUUAUCAAGGACCUGCCUUCCAUUUUCACAACUAGUAUGGUCUCGCAAAUGGAAGACGACAUGUUGGAGCGGCUAGCGGCGGAAUCUUCUGAAAUGCAGAUCGAGAGGGCAGAGCUAGAAGCUGAGUGCGAAACGCUUCAGAAAGGUUUCGAUCUCUGUAAGGCCUACAGGGGCAGAAAAUCAACAGUUUUACCGGACAUGCCAAUCCGCCCUAAAGUCAGCGACACUACAAUUCACGAAGACAAACAAACUCCAUCAAUUCCCACACCCUCGUCAUCGGACGCAGCUUCGAUACCUGAGGUGCCUCAAUCCUGUAGUAAGGGUAAUGCCAAAAAUCCCAGCAAUGCUCCUAAGUCUAUCUUUGAAGAAGUUUUAGCUACGGAAAAAACCUCUGCUCCUCCAUUCAGUUCAUUCAGUGGGCCAAGUCCAUUUACUCUGCUACCACAGCCCUCUCAUAACAUACUUACGGACUCAACAGGUACAACCAUAAAGCCUCCAGCACAGCCAAGCCCCUUCGGAAGUCCUGAUGUAGGGGGCAAUCCCACGUAUGCAACCGGAAACGCAAGUCCCACUUCAAAACCAGGCUUAUUCGGUGCUUCGAUGGGCACGACCACAAGUGGGAGCGUCAGCCCCGGCCUCGGGCUAUUUGGCGCCCAAACAACUACAGCCACCGAGAAAACCCAAACCACAGGCGGUCUAUUCAGCAACACUAAACCAGCUGCGAACCACACACUUUUCAGCAACCCAGCGCCCACAACCACAACUGGGAACACGACUACGACGUCCGGACUGUUCGGUCGCUCAUCGAAUAAAGCUGAUGGUCGAACCUUCGGAAGUUUUGGUACCUCAAACACACAGUCGUGUAUGUAG